UGGCUGAGCCAAUCAGAGCGCUGGAGUCUGUGGUUUAUUCCACAGGAGAGCAGGCAGCUGGGGCUCUGAGGGGAGCCACUUCCCGAAAGGCCGAGCCUUAACUGUACUCCUUCCCGGCCUGGCGCUUAGGGCAGCGGGCACGGCCACCGCAAAAUGCUCGGCAUGUACGUCCCCGAUCGCUUCUCUUUGAAACCGUCCAAAGUGCAAGAAGGCAUCGGGUUGUACACUGCCAGAAGAAUAAAAAAGGGAGAGAAAUUUGGGCCCUUUGCUGGAGAGAAAAGAAUGCCCAAUGAACUGAAUGAAAGCAUGGAUCCCAGGUUGAUGUGGGAGGUACGUGGGAGUAAGGGUGAAGUACUGUAUAUUCUGGAUGCCAGUAAUCCACGGCAUUCAAACUGGCUGCGCUUUGUCCAUCAGGCUCCAACACAAGAGCAGAAAAAUCUGGCUGCAAUUCAGGAAGGAGAAAAUAUCUUCUAUUUGGCUGUGGAUGACAUUGAAACAGACAAUGAGUUAUUGAUUGGUUUCCUAGAUAGUGAGAUGGAGGAAAUAGAAGAAAAGGAGGAGGAGGAAGUAGUCAGCAAAGAUGAAGAAAGUUCCAAAGAUUUUCAGCCAUCAGGUGACAAAGAUGUAUUGAAUGAUAAAGAAGGCUAUGCUUGCCCACAGUGUGAGAGCAGUUUUCGAAGCCAGGAAAUCUUGGCUGAACACCUGCAGUCUCUCCACCAGAAGCCCACUGAAGAAAAGGAAUUCAAGUGUAGGAAUUGUGACAAGAAGUUUCCUGUUAAGCAGGCUCUACAGAGACAUGUUCUACAGUGUACUGAAACUGUUCUUCCUGGUGAUAUUGCUCGAAGCCAUCAGUGUUCUGUUUGCAACAUCUCCUUCAGCUCUGAGUCAAGUUUUGAACAGCAUAAGGAAGCCUGCAAAGGGGAUACCAGGUUUGUUUGCAAGGCAGAUAGCUGUGGGAAAAGAUUCAAGAGCAAAGAUGCCUUAAAGAAGCACAAGGAGAAUGUGCACACAGGAAACUCUCGGAGGAGACUGAUGUGCUCUGUGUGCAAUAAGAAGUGUUCGUCAGCUGCAACCCUACAGGAACAUCGAAAGAUUCACAAGGUAUUCAAUUGCCAGGAGUGCGACAAAAAAUUCAUAUCUGCAAACCAGUUGAAACGCCAUAUGAUUACCCAUUCAGAGAAACGCCCUUACACCUGUGAGGUCUGCAGUAAAUCUUUCAAACGGCUAGAUCAAGUGACUGCACAUAAAAUUAUCCAUAGUGAGGACAAACCCUACAAAUGCAAACUUUGCGGAAAAGGAUUUGCUCACAGAAAUGUGUAUAAGAACCACAAAAAGCACAAGGACCUGGGGAAGCUCUGCAUAUCGACACACUCGGAAGAAAGACCAUUCCAGUGUGAUGAGUGUAAGGCUUUGUUUCGGACCCCCUUCUCCCUGCAGAGACAUCUACUGAUACACAACAGUGAACGAACUUUCAAAUGUGAUCACUGUGAUGCCACGUUCAAGAGGAAGGAUACUUUAAAUGUUCAUAUUCAAGUGGUACAUGAUGGGCACAAGAAAUAUAAGUGUGAUCUAUGUGACAAAGCCUUUGUGACUCCCUCUGUUCUAAAGAGUCAUAAAAAGACACAUACUGGCGAGAAAGAGAAGAUUUGUCCUUAUUGUGGCCAGAAAUUUGCUAGCAAUGGAACAUUACGUGUGCACAUUCGAAGCCAUACAGGUGAGCGCCCCUACCAGUGUCCCUACUGUGACAAAGCUUUCAGCAAGAAUGAUGGAUUAAAGAUGCAUAUUAGAACGCACACGCGGGAAAAGCCUUACCAGUGCUCAGAAUGUAACAAGGCUUUUAGUCAGAAGAGGGGUCUCGAUGAGCACAUGAGGACUCAUACAGGAGAAAAACCGUUCCAGUGUGAUGUCUGUGACUUGUCAUUCAGCCUAAAAAAAAUGCUGAUUAGGCACAAACUGACGCACAACCCAAAUCGGCCAAUGGCAGAAUGCCAGCUCUGUCACAAGAAGUUUACAAGAAAUGACUACCUCAAGGUUCAUAUGGAGAAUGUACACGGAGAGACGGACAGUUGAACCUCUGAUUUUCACAUUCCAUCAGAGAACUUCAAAAUUCCUGGAGCUCGGACAAUUUAUUGCUCAGUGCAGUGGUUGACUGCAGAUGUCAGUAUUACUGGAAUACUAUGCCUUCCAGAAAUGUCUGAGUUAUGAAGUAUUAUCCAACAGCUAAUAUGUUUUAGUUUAAUGAAAAUGACAGCAUGGGAGAUGUGCAGAGUUUAAAAAUCCAUCUUUCAAAACAUGUUUAAAUUACAAUCGGUAAUCCACUGUGGACUUUUUGUGCAACGUUCAAAAAUUUUCAUAAUCUGUAUACUCUUCAUUUUAGUAAUGCUUUACUGAAUAAAUACCGACACUUUGUAAUUGUUACUCUUGAUUGUAAGCAGUACCAGAGAAUUUUGUUCUCCUGUGCAGAAAAUCUUUUAUUACAGGUUUCGGAUCAUGUAGUCCAAGGCAGAAAGACAUUAUUUUUCACUAUAAUACUGUUAUUUAUGUCAUAAGAAACUAUUACUA